ACUCGGGGUCCUAAAGGGGAUCGAUUUCGAGAGGGUACUCGAAUCUCAUGACAGCUGUCAGCACAACACGAGCUAAUUUUAAGUCAAAGGUAGAUAAUGGACAGUAAAAAAAGAAAAGGGGGCGCAGAAAAAGUUCGAGAAAGUAAAAAGAGGACUCGUAAGUCCGACUCUCCCAAAUGCGUCAAACUAACCCAACAUCAUUCAAAAGGUUUAACUUCUGCAGCUGCACUGGAGGACAGCAGAGCCGUAGAGGAUGUUGCUGGAAUCAGUACAGCCAGAGACCCCAGGCGUUCCAGAACCAGUGCUGUGGAGAAGGAUACUAUGUUAGGCCUAGGAGACACAGAAAAGAGGGUAAAGAUUGCAGAAUUAUCAAAGAGUUCUGUUUGUAUGAAAGAGCCGGAGAGAGUUAAUGAGAUCUUAACCUCCAUGAGAAACUCUGGAUCCAGCACACUGCAGGUGAUCUCAGAUUUUGAUAUGACUCUCACUAGAUUCGCUUACAAUGGCAAACGCUGUCCCACCUGUCACAAUAUUUUGGAAAACGACAAACUGAUCAGUGAAGAGUGUAAAGCUGAGCUUCAGAAUCUUCUGAACACUUAUUAUCCCAUCGAGAUCGACUGCACGCGCUCACCGGAGGAGAAGUUACCGCUCAUGGUGGAAUGGUGGACUAAAGCUCAUGAUCUGUUGGUGCAGCAGAAGAUCAGGAAAGAUGAUUUGGCUCAUGUUGUCAGAGAAUCUGAAGCCAGGCUUAGGGAUGGAUACAAGGAGUUUUUUCAUCAUCUGAAGGUGAUGUGUGUUCCUCUGUUGAUCUUCUCGGCUGGGAUUGGUGAUGUGUUGGAGGAGGUGAUCAGACAGGCUGGUGUUUUCUAUUCUAAUGUCAAAGUCGUCUCCAACUACAUGGACUUUGAUGAGUCUGGUGUGUUGCGAGCGUUUAAAGGUCAGCUGAUUCACAUCUACAACAAACGUGAAGGAGCGCUGCUCAACACUCAACACUUCCGAGAGCUUCACAGCCGCUCUAACGUUCUUCUGCUCGGAGACUCGCUCGGAGAUCUCAACAUGUCCGACGGAGUCUCCGACAUGCAGAACAUCCUGACCAUCGGGUACCUGAAUGACAAGGUGGAUGAGAGAAGGCAGUCGUAUUUAAACUCUUAUGACGUCGUACUCGUGAAAGAUGAAAGCAUGGAGGUGCCCAACGCAAUCCUGCGCUACAUCACAGGACACUAGUGAACUUUUCCUCCAACCACUGAUCAAUGUGUGCAGUUGAGCUGUAAUAUAAUCUGAAGACAUCCACUGAUGCACCGUAUGGAUGUACAGUGUGUGCUUCAUUCACUCUGCAUUUCACUGUAUAGAGCGAGACGGGUGAUGUGUAUCUAUACAUAUCUUGUUCUGAUCACACAACACUGCUCUUUAACAUGGACAAUGACUCGCAUACAGAACUCCAUUAAAGACAAAAUAUUGGAUUCAAAGUUCUUUCAUUUAGGACUGGUUUUGCGUUUCUUUCUCAAACAGAUUGAUCAUAGGCCUAGUUAAUCUGAGUUUAGACAACUCAGUCUUUGACCGAAAGAAAAAAAAAGUGAAUAAUUUUGGCAAUAAUAAAUAAAAUAUUACCAAAAUUUG